AUAUAGAAAGUGUGUGAAAGAGGAGGGAUUUACUAGGAACAGCUCUUAGUUUCCUGUAAAUCCACACCAAAGUUCUCCAGGAAACGAUUUUACUUUCGAUUUGUCGCACAGACGCAUGAACUCGACGCUUUGUUCGACGCAAAACCAGUCAUGGAAGAUGGCAGAACGUUUGUUCUUUUGCAGCCAGGGGGUACUGAGGUUCUGAAAAAAUGUCGUGCUGCAUUUUGCCAUGCGCUAGAAGGAAAAUUUCAAUGUACUGCUGAGAUUCACAAUUUGGAGGAUGGUGCAGCUUCAUCCUUUUCCCGCAGCAAAGCACCAAUUGUGCCUGAGAUUGUGUACAAGAAACAGAUUUCUAAGAACAUGAAGCUAUCAGUGUGGAAGGAUGAUCUUACUACGCAUAAGGUCGAUGCUGUGGUAAAUGCAGCAAAUGAGAAUUUGAUUCAUGGCGCAGGUCUUGCUCUAGCUCUGUGUCAAGCUGGAGGUCGUGUGAUCCAGGAGCAGAGUUAUGAUAUCAUAAAACACAAAGGCAAAGUCUUCACAGGUGAUGUUGUUGCCACCCUAGCUGGAAAUCUCCCUUGUAAGAUGAUCAUACAUGCUGUUGGACCAUGUGUAUCACGAAGUCCAACAACAACAGAACUUACAAAAGCAUCAGAUCUUUUACAGAAAACUAUCUGGAACAUCCUGACAAAAGCACAUUUUGAAGAUUUGCAGUCUGUUGCAAUCCCUGCAAUUAGCUCGGGCAUUUUUAAUUUUCCGCUGCGAAGAUGUGCUGACAUCAUUGUAGAUACCGUGAAAGACUUCAAUAAAAAACGCAAGCCAGGAGCCAGGUUUCUUGAGGUUCGCCUGGUGAAUAAUGAUGAUCCCUCGGUUCAUGAGAUGCAGAGAGCUUGCUUGGAAAUUCUGGGGUCAGGUGACCCACUGCCAAAACAAAACCAAGUCAGUGUACCAACCCAGUAUCCAUUCCCCAAUCUGGAUCUGGGGAACAUGACCCUCUACCUUAAAAAAGGUGCCAUUGAGAAAGAGACAACAGACGUCAUCGUGGAUACGGUGGGCAGUGAUUUAACAUUAUCAAGGGGGCAGGUUUCAAAUGCUCUACUACAAAAUGCCGGCCACAAGAUGCAAAAUGAAAUAAGAUCGGUUAAACGACAAUAUACAUUUGAAGGUGAAAUUCUAGCAACUUCUGGCUGGAACCUGAGCUGUAAGAAAGUGUACCACAUUGUCUGCGAUGCAACCAGUUCCCCUGAUUGGAUUCUUCACAAUGCAUUAAAAGAAUGCCUAAGAAAGGCAACCACUGACGGUUACAAAUCCAUAUCAUUUCCUGCUCUCGGGACAGGCAACCUUGGCCUUCCAAAAGAUAAAGUGUCUCAGUUUAUGACCAGAUCAGUAAUGGAGUUUGCUAAAACCUACACAGGCAAAAAAAUGCAAAUAUUUUUUGUCAUUUUUCCAAAGGAUACUGAGACACUGAAGGCUUUCGAAAAGGAAAUAGAUUCUAGAAGAAAACUGCAAUCUGCCCAAACCUCCAGAAGCACCAAUGACAAAAGUCCAAGUUUACAUGACAGCCCAGAACUUAGAAAAACACCUUGCAUUGAGGUCUUUGCCCCCUCUCCAGAAGCACUAACUGAGGCCAAAUCUUGGUCAUAUAGGAUCCUGAGUCCAACCCUUACCUGUCUGAAAAUAUACAAUAAUAACAUUAUGCACCUGAGCCAGAAGGAUCAUGAAAAGCUGAUGAUCCUUCAGAAUAGGUUUAAUGUUCUCAUCACCGAAUUCUUUAAAGAAGGCAGAGGAGGUAUUAUCAUCAACGGUGGAUCUGUUGGUGUCAGUUGUGCAGCAUUGGAGGUGGAAUCCAUGUUAUGUCAAGCCCAAAAGGACUUUGUGCAGAGUGAAGAGAAAGAAAUGCUGGGCAAUAUGGAUGAUUUGGGGCAAGGACAACAGUUUGAGAGGAUGUCAAACAAAUUAUAUCAGAAGAUACCCUUAAAUGAGUGGGAAAGUAAAGAGAAGAUGAAAAACUUUGAAAAACAUGGCCUGAAAGUUGUGAAGGUGGAAAGAAUCGAGAAUCUGGCGCUGAAGGAGCUCUUCGAGUUGAACUGCAAACGAAUCCAAGCUAAACCUAAGCAACUGUACCAACGUGUGAACACACAGUUCUGUGAUUCGAUCUGCAGAGUGGGCUUCCAGAGAGAAUAUGCCCCACCUAAAGAACAAAAGUAUGGAGCUGGAAUAUACUUCACUAGUGACCUAAACCAUGCAAGUUUCCUUUGGCCGGAUAAUGAAGACGAGUACGUGUACUACAUUGAAGCUCAGGUUCUCACUGGUAAAGACAAAGUUGGUUCAUCUGACCUGAUUGUGCCUCCUUCAAUCGGAACGGACCCUCUGGUUCGUUAUGACAGUGUGACCAAUGGGAGAGACAUCUAUGUCAUCUUCAAUGGACAACGGGCCUAUCCUGAGUUCCUUAUUACUUGCAAAAAACAAAAUAAUGCGACUUAUUGUUAGCUUUGGUUUAGCUAAACCCUGCAUUUUCCCAUUAAAAUGUCCUGUUAAAAUUAAUUAAAUUUAAGAUUUUACAUUAGUCUUUGAUCACCAACGCCUCAGUCAGAUUUAUUCUACAAUAUUGUAGCUACACUUUAUGGAUAAAUGGAUGUGACUGAAAAAAUAAAUAGUUUUAAAUAAACUGCAAUCCAAAUUACAUAAUAUGACCUACACAAAAUAUUUGAAUUAGCCCAAAAACAGAAAUAUGAUCUCUUCGUGAACAUUCUUUUGGAUUCUUUAGGAUACUCUGAGCUGUCAGGUUUUCUUUUCUGGUCUGUUUUUACUGUGUUUGUUUUAGUUUCAGGGAAAAGUAGAUAAGGGCUGACUUAUACGUUCAGAUACUAUGAAAAUCUGAGUAGUUUAGACACAUUCUAAUGAUAUUUAACAAUAAAUCUGUCAUUCUUUUUUUCACAUUUAGAAAUGGUACAUGUAAGAAAAGAAUAGAUGAAAAUAUUUGAUAGAGCAACUCUUGCAGAUUUAUUGAUGAUUGAUAAUUAUGCUGAUUAGGUGAUGGGUUAACGGUGUGUAUUGUUUUCUGGUGUGUUUUUGAAUUAAAGCAAUAAAUAUGUAACAGAU